CCCACCUGACUUCAGUUCAUUUUGAAGAUAUUCGGUACCAUGUCACCUUAUUUUAUAGCUUUCGCUUUGUUGGUUGCUGUUGUUAAUGCAGCACCUCAACAUAAUGCUCAGCAACCGCCAGCACAGGAACAAAGACCCCCACCAAUACAAAUUAAUUGGGGCAAGUGCGAACAACUAAAACCUACUGACAGUGACAAGGAACAGAAACGUCAAGUGAUAGAAAAGUGUUUAGGAGCUAAUCCACCACCAAAUACAGAACGUAUCACAAGAGAACAAAUUGAACAACACAGAGAUGUUAUCACAAGUUGCGCUUUGAAAGAAGAAGGAUGGUUUGAUACCAAUGGAAGUUACAAAUUCGAUAGAGCCAGAACAGAAAUUAAAUCAAAGAAAUUGCAAUCUGACAUUGAAGGCACCAUUUUGAAAAAACACGACGAAUGCGAACAAGAUGCGAAACAGAGAUUCCAAGAGCCAACCGAACAAGUAAAAUUGUACCAAGCUUGCAUGGAUUACCAUAUUUCUGAGACCUGUAACAUUCACGUCAUUCCUCCACCCGGACACCAAUUUCCCCAAGGUCCCCCUCCUCAACAAGGACCUCAACGCGGUUGAACAAGAUUUUUGAGACGUCGCAUCAAUUGAUACUCCGGUCCUUCACUUAAAGUCCUUCAAUCGUAUCAAAAAAUUAAUUAAAAAAAUUAUAUAUAUACAUAAAAUUUUUAUAGAAAAACUAAGCGCAAUAAUUAUAAAUCACAGUACGAAAAGAUUUUUUAUAU